AUGAGUUCAACAGCCCCAUCAACGACAAAACCCCAGCAACGAAGAAACGUUUACGAACUGUUGUCUAAUGUUGAUCUAUCAAUCAACAAAAUAAAUCAACUCACCUCGCGUGAAAGAAACGGUGGCCUAUAUCGACUAUCGCUUUACCCAGGAAAAGAUAUCCCAAAAGAUAUUAAGGACAAAAUCAUUAAACUAAUCGUUGAAAUAAUUUAA